AUGCAUGAAGUCCAAGUCGACUACUCAGAAGCCCUCUUCCUCGAGCCACAGCUCCGAGCCAUGGACGGCUUCCGCCGCCCCGCCGCCGACCACAUCCAAGUCAACUGCGGCUGCACCAGCAAGCGAUUCGGCGACUGCGUCGGCAUCCUCAAAGUCCACUCCUCCGGCCAGUUCCUCAUCACUUGCCACUGCAACGCCUGCGACAGCUCCAGGGCAGAGCAAUUCACGCCGUACGAGUUCGAGAAGCACGCCAGGGGGCAGCAGGGGAACGGCAAGUGGAAGAGCCACAUCUGGGUGGCGGUGGACGGAAAGAAAGUGGCAAUGUGGAGGACCGAGCUGUACAAGUACUACAAGCACGCUGCCAACGGCGCGAGCGGGUGCGUGAGGCGGCAGUUCCACCGCGACGAGUUCAUCCCCUGCUCCAGCUGCGGCAAGCAGCGCAGGUUCCGGCUUCGGACCAAGCAGCUCUGCAGGGUCUACCAUGAUGCCUUGCUCGCCAAGUCUUCUUGGAAAUGUGCUGAUAGGCCUUAUGACAGCAGGAUAACUUGCGGGGAUCCAGAGGAGAGGGGGAGCAGAAAGAAGUACAGAGGGUGUCCGAGGGCAUCAUACUGCAGAGGCUGCACAAUUUGUUCCUGCGUCGGGUGCCUCAUCUGCAGAUUCGUCGACUGUGGAUGUCGAAACUGCACCGAUUUCAUGCAGAAUGCCAACCCAUAG